CAGCAAAGGGCAAAGCUAAAGGCAGCCAAAGAAGCGGAUGGACGCGACCAUUGCGAUCAAAACAACAUUUCGGAUUUGAUCAGCAGCGAUCAUCUUGUAUAUUUUAAUUUUUAAAGCACAGAACUUUUUUUUCCCUAAAGCGUUUUGCUCUUUCUUCGCUCAGCUAGUCUACCUGUCAAGCUUACACCUUAACCCCAUCAACAUGGACGAGAACAAGAUUAUGGCUGGUAAAGUGAAGAAACCAGGGAAACGUGGGCGAAAACCUGCCAAGAUUGACUUAAAAGCCAAACUGGAGCGCAGUCGCCAGAGUGCGCGUGAAUGCAGAGCAAGAAAGAAGCUGCGUUACCAGUAUUUGGAGGAGCUAGUCUCCAGCAAAGAGAGAGCUAUUUGUGCUUUACGGGAGGAGCUGGAGAUGUACAAGCAGUGGUGCUCAGCCAUGGACCAAGGAAAGAUUCCCUCUGAGAUAAAGGCCUUGCUUACAGGAGAUGAGCAGAAAAUCCCUCAUAAUGGAAGCAACACAAAAGCAUCCAAAAACAGCAAAACAACGGCAGCAAUUGACAAGCCUGAACGCAGAAAUGAGUGACUAACAAGGCACACAACGUUAAAAAUGAUGUUACAUUUACACUUUUGGAAGAACUCCAUGGGGCUAUUACGUGAAGCUAAAGCCAAAACCUGGCAUAUUUGGGCAAUCCACAGACCUGUUUAUACAGUCUAUGGUCAGACCCAGGCUUAUUUCUAAAAUGGAGUGACUUGAGGCUUAAACUGGGCAUGGAGCUUGCUAACUUUCAGCUCAGGAUUUUAAGAUAAGCCUGGACUUGUUAAGGAACUUUGAUGGAAUAGCCCCCAUAACAAGAACAUGUUAUUUAUAUUCAUGUCACUGAUCUCUGAUGAGAUUAAACAUACAU